CCCAAGUCAUAGGCAAGACGACACACAAACAUACUAUCAGACACGUAACGUAGAUGACAGAGCAGUCCGACAAACGACACGCUAUCAUCACGCAAUAACACAUGACCAUCCAUGGUAGGGAGGGACCGACUCAGCGAGAGGAUGUGUGUACAUAUUGGUACGAAUAUAGAGAGCACUCACCAUUUGCUGCAGCAGCCAGUGCCGCCUUGAGAUGCACCUCCGGCGCCCGGUGGGAUGGCGUCUGCAUCUCAGUCUCCGUCACUCGACCGGUGUCGGCAACCUCUCGGCUAUUGCCGAAGUCGGCAAGCUUGAUCAACGUACACCCUUCUGCAGCAGACAAAGAGCAGACAGACAGCGGUCCAUCCAUGUGGGUGCAAGGUGUGAGCGUGGCGAGUGGUGUGUGUGUGUUGUACCUUGGUGUUUGACCAGGAUAUUCUCGGGCUUGAUGUCGCAGUGCCACACGCCGUUCUGCUCCAGAUGGGCCAUCGCAGACAGCAGCUGACGGAGCACCCGGCGCAGCACGGCGGGCGGGAGGCCCGCGGGGUAGGACUGACACCGGAAGCCGUGAAGUGAGUCGUCGCACAGCUCCAUCAUCAGAGCACCUUGGCAGCCUGGAGCCGUGGUCGCACACGUGCACGUCGCGAUGAGCUUCACUACGUGCUUGUGACCACCAAGCAGCUCCAUGAGGCGAACCUCCUUCCGGCAGGCUCUCACGGCGGAUAUCCUGGCGGCUGCGGAGUUGUCCUCUGUCUUGGCCUCCUUCACGGCGACCAUCGUGCCCGUGCUUUGCUGGAUGGCCUUGUAGACGUUCCCAUUCCCUCCCUCGCCGAGCGAGGUCGGCAUUCUGUAGGCAAAGUCACAUUCGCAGCUUCUGCAGGCACACACACACACACACACACACACAGGCAGGCAGGCACAGGCAGGUAGAUACAGGUACGACGUGAGACACGAGUCAAGCACCCCCUCCUGGCUGGUGUCUGCUUACGUGUCAGGGAAGUAGAGUGUAGUGUACUCGGUAGUGGUUGAGGCCGAACUGGAGUCAGAAGACCAACGGCGGAGUACGCAGCGCGUUGCCCGCUCUCCCUCUCGCUUCCUCUUGGCCAUUUUCGAUGUCAGAGUGCGUUGUGUCGUCGACAGAAACGACGCUCUGCACGGGAAGGUGGAAUACCGCCUGUCUGAGUGAGGGGUGACCUUGUCGCUGUUACUCUGUUCCUCACGCGCUCAGAAACGGACUCAGAGAAACAGUACUGAAGCGAAAAGCUUCGCUUUGGACGAAG